AUAUACACUACGCUAUUACACUACGAGCCGCCGCCGCCGUUAUGGUUUGUUCGCUCGCCACAGCUCCCUCCGUGUCGAAAAGGGUAAUGGUUUGAUUUACUUCGAGAUGGAAUUGAAUUUCGAGGACUUUAUAUUCGAGGCUUUUGCCUGCAAUUUUCGAGUUUGAUUUCUGUAGCAAUCUCAAUUGUCAAUUACUGAGGUCGAAGAAUCAUGCUGUUUGAUCUGCCAACUUUCAUCUCUUUGGCCCUUGUGGCAAGCCAGGGUACGUCGGCUGCUGCUGUCAUCGGCAAGAGACAGCAAUCGUCAAGUGGAUUCGUCACUACGGAUGGAAACAAGUUCUUGCUUGAUGGGAAGGACUUCUACUUCGCCGGUAGCAAUGCCUACUAUUUCCCUUUCAACGACAAGGCAGAAGACGUUGAAGCCGGCCUCACUGCCGCAAAGGAAGCAGGUCUGAGUGUAUUCAGAACUUGGGGAUUCAACGAUAAGAACAAGACUUAUGUCCCAGGUGGUUUGCCCCAGUAUGGAGGCGAAGGUGCGGGAGAUACCUCGAAUGUGUUGCAGCUGUGGGAGAAUGGCACUUCGACUAUCAACCUCAAGCCAUUUGACAAAGUUGUUGCUGCAGCCGAGAAGACUGGCAUCAAGCUUGUCGUUGCUCUGACCAACAACUGGGCGGACUACGGUGGUAUGGAUGUUUACACCGUACAACUAGGUGGCAGAUAUCACGAUGAUUUCUACCGCCUACCGGCGAUCAAGACCGCAUUCAAGAGAUACGUCAAGGAGAUCGUAACCCGCUACUCCAACUCCAGCGCGAUCAUGGCCUGGGAACUCGGCAACGAGCCCCGCUGCGGCGCCGACGGCACGCGCAACCUCCCGCGCUCCGACGACUGCAAGCCCGAGCUCCUGACCGCCUGGACGGACGAAAUGAGCACGUACAUCAAGAGCCUCGACAAGAACCACCUCGUGACCUGGGGCGGCGAGGGCGGCUUCAACAUCCAAGGCCACGAGGACGGGUUCUACAACGGCUGGGACGGCGGCGACUUCGACGUCGAGCUCGCGCUCGAGAACAUCGACUUCGGCACUUUCCAUUCGUAUCCGGAUUGGUGGUCGAAGACGGUGGAGUGGACGGAUCAGUGGAUCAAGGACCACGCUGCGUCGGGUCGAAAGGUCGGAAAGCCUGUCGUUCACGAAGAAUACGGAUGGCUCACCGACGACAAGCGCCAGGAAUACCUCGGCAAGACGUCCAACAUCACUCGCAUCGAGGCGCUCGGCCUCUGGCAAGCAACCUCCAUCGCCGAGAAGAUGCCAGACAUGUACUGGCAGUUCGGCUUCUCCAACUACUCGUACGGAAGGAAUCACGACGAUGGGUUCACCAUCUUCCUUGACGACGCGGAGGCUCAGACUUUGAUCUACGACCAUGCUAAGAAGGUUAAUGCUUUGAAUGGGAACUCGACGCUGCGUAGGUAGGACGUU